AUGAAGAUUAAUCAUUGUAAGGUACACGAACAAGUGAUUGCUGAAGAUCACAGUUUGGAAGAGCUGAGGAAAAUUCUCACGAAGCUCGACAUGCGCCGUCAGGGUGCCAGUGACUCAUGCAUUGAUAUGCAUGAAUACGAUUCACGCAAUGCGCAGAGCCCUGCAUCGGAUUACGAUAAUACUGGUCUUCUGAAAUCUCGUAAUCACAACGUACCAGCAUAUCCAUACGUGCGCGGUAUCGGUCAAGCACAAGUGAUGAGUCGUAGUACACCAGCAUCACAUCUUGGUACUAACGAUGAUUAUGUGCUCGAUAUUGCGCUACUCAAUGACAGUCUUGCCGUAAGACAGGCUGGCAUUUGUGUGCAACAACAUCGCAGUGCUCAACACAAAAACCAUCGACAAGCUUUCGAUUUCCCACCGAAAGAACGGAGCAAGCCAAGGAACUCACCUGUUGUUCAUUCAACGUUGAAUGGCGAAUCUCAUUCACAUACUAGCGUCUUCCAAAACUGUGAUAACGUGAGCGCUAUCGCAACCACAUCCUCAUCCAAUAUCUCAAGAGUAUCGCCGAAAUCAUUCAAUACGGCCCUAACGAAUCGUCACACUGAGAAUGACACGGACUCUGACGAUGAAGAUGGCCUAAUAAGCCAACAAAUGCGACAUCCAAGACCACCUCGUAAGGGUAAACGAAGAGUUGUAAAUGGUUCAUCAUCACACAGUCGUCAUGAAACACCAACCCGAACGGCAACAACUGUUGUUGCAUCACAACCUCCUUCAAGCGGAUAUCAAAGUCAGAAUCACAGUAGCAGUUUGAGUUCAUCGAAUAGUAGCAGUCCAGUGGAGCGUUCGAAUCCGGUGAAUGCUGUCGAAUGUACAUCCUCACAGUCAGCGGCAGCACUGAAAAUAGCGAACAAAAUGUUCACGCAGCAUUCAGCGAUGCCAUCUACCUCAUAUCAUCCAUCACAGAAAAAUUCUCCGAAAAAUGAUCAUCUGACUAUGGAUGCGUCUGCUUCUGCCACUGCAACAGCUACUAUCGACUCACCUCAGUGUUAUCGCUCUUCAGCUCAUCUAGCCACUUCCGAGACGGCCACAGUUCAUGACGUGACCAAAUGUUCAUUACCACGGUAUUUUUUUUGCUGCAACUUUUGA